UCCGUAAACGUGCGAUCAGUCAUUCGGUUCCCAGGUGGGCAUUGUUGUGUUGGAUCAAGUAGUUUUAGGAAAUUUUGCAAGUUGUCCUAACUUUUUUAUUUAUUUUAACUUCAACUCAAUUUUCCCAAUCUGUUUUGUGAAUUUGGAAGGUGUUUCCUAUGAUGCGUCGCGACGGUGAAGACUCCAAUGACAACAAACCGGAACAUGAACAGUACCGCAAAUUAUUCAUCGGCGGUUUGGAUUAUCGGACAACCGAUGAAUCGCUGAAGAAACACUUUGAAAAAUGGGGCGAAAUCGUCGAUGUUGUCGUAAUGAAGGACCCAACAACAAAGCGGUCGCGCGGGUUUGGCUUCAUUACGUAUUCCAGGGCACACAUGGUUGACGACGCCCAGAACGAUCGCCCCCAUAAAGUCGAUGGGCGGGUGGUCGAGCCCAAGCGAGCCGUCCCAAGACAGGACAUAGGGAGGCCCGAAGCGGGGGCCACUGUCAAAAAACUAUUCGUUGGGGGGCUAAAGGACGACGUGGAGGAGGAGGAUCUAAGGGAGUGUUUCAAAUCUUAUGGUACCAUCCUAUCUUGUACCAUCGUCACUGAUAAAGACACCGGCAAGAAGCGCGGAUUUGGAUUUAUUGAAUUCGAGGAUUAUGACCCUGUUGAUAAAAUUUGUUUGUACCGGCACCACCAAAUCCACGGCAAGCACAUAGACGUGAAGAAGGCUUUGAGCAAAGCAGAGAUGGACCGUGCGAACCAAGGGGGCGGCAAUAUGGGCGGUGGGGGCGGUCCGCGUGGAGGCCGUGGCGGCGGCCGGGGCAAUUACAGCGGCGGCGGCGGCGGCGGUAACUGGAAUCGUGGAGGCCCUAGCGGCGAUUGGAACAACUCGCAAGGGGGCUACAACAGCGGGAAUUCGUGGGGCAACAACCCUUGGGAUAACCAAUCUGGUAACAAUUGGGGCGGUGCUCAAAGUUCGGGGUACAAUUCUGGGGCGAGUUGGGGCGGUUCCAAUGAUAACUACAGCGGGGGUUAUCAGCAGAACUACGGAGGGGGCCCUGUGCGCAACAACUACCAACAGAACAGACCAGCACCUUACAAAUCGUUAAAGGCAAUUGAUAGCAGGAAGAAAAUGGAUUAAUUAUUACACAUACACACACAGACUGUUGAUAAUCCUGGCAGCGGUUAUGGCGGCAAUUAUGGCAAUCAAAACGGUGGAAAUCUAGGUGGUCCAGGCAACAGGAGAUACAAUAACAUGUAAGUGCAACUGGGCAACGCUGCUAAAACAGUGCCAGGUGUACAUAAAUUUCAUAUCCGUAUCCUCAAAAAAACAUAUAAUAUUUAAUUAUUUAUGAAAUGUAGUUCACCACCGGAAUAUUAACACGUUUCUGUGAGAAUAUAAAUUUUAGUUUGCCACGUUACAGACAUUUCGAGGUGUUGUUAGUGAUUCUUUGUGUAUUAAUUGUAUUAUUGGUCAUUGGAUCUUACAGCGCUACGGCGCGCCUAUCUUAGGUUACUAUUACUAGAUAUAGGUUACUUGUGUACUUUAUUAUUCAUUAAAGUUCAUGAAAUUAUUACAA